AUUAAAAACUAACAAUGAAUAAACAGUUGGUAAGGUAUUUAUACUUUGCUUUAUUAGUUAUUCUUGCUAUUGGAGCAGUACAUUUAUUCAACAACAUAAUUUCGAUGAAGAUUUUGCAAUUCAUAGAAAGUUUGAAAAUGAUGGAUAACCGCUUACUGGAGUAUCAAGGUGUUUUGGACAACAGUGGAAAAAAUAUUAUAAUUGAAAACGUGAAAUUAGCGGAUGAACCGCCUAUGAAACACGAUGUGUCGAUCGUAACACAACUCGAUGGUUCAAGAAUAAAAAAUGUGGCGAAAAUGUCGCAUAGAUGGAAAGGACCAAUUCAGGCAACCGUGGUUAUAGUUUCGGUAAAUUUGUGGAAUAUGACAAUGGAAGUUGUGGAAAACCUGAGAGUUUGUCAAAACGACAUCAAAAGAUACGUCUCAUGGCACAUACUAAUCAUGACAAAUGCGAGCGAAACCAGAACUAAGUUUAUUUACACUAGUCAAGAACAGAAGUUACGAAACACACCCAAGAGCGUUCGAGAAGAAACAUUGUGCUAUUGGGAUCUCGAACAUAAAAUGGGUAAAUUAGCAAGAAAAAUGAUACAUUCCGGACCAAAAGGAACCAAACGAGAUCACAUAGCAUACUACCCUCAAACCGUUGCUAUGAACGUUGGAUUGAAGGCAUUGACUACUGAUUUUUUUCUUGCUAUUGACAGUGAUGUUUUCCCCAGUCACGGAGCACGUGACGGUUUCAAUAGAAUGGCUGAAAAACUCGAUCUUUUCAACCCCGCUGAAAUGCCUCCACCUUAUAAAAAGCUCCAGCAAUGGCCAAGCGAUGUAGAUAUAGAGGAAUCAAUUUGUGCUCGGCAUAAAUAUUUGAAAAAUCCGCCUCAUGAUGUUUAUGUUCUCCCAACAUUCGAAGCCAACAAAAAACUUCCUUAUAAUGUUUCAUCUUUAAAAACAGCGUUUAUGGAAAAGAAAGCAAGAGCUUUCUACUCCGCUUCCAGCGAUAUUUACGCAAGAACAGAUCACAAGAAAUGGAUCGAGUUAUCAGAUAUGGACUCUAAUGUAGAAUGCUCAUAUGAAAUCGAGUAUGCUCGUAACUAUGAACCGUUUUUUAUUGCUAGGAGAGGGGUGGCACUUUUUAAUGAAACGUUCAUUGGACAUUCUCAAGUAGAUGUGCACCAUGUUGCCCUGCUUGCUGCUGUAGGAUACAAGUUUAAAAUUUUAAAAAACGCCUUUCUUGUCCACGACGGCAUGAAAUCUUUGAAUCCUGUAACUGGACAAAGACGCAAAGAAGCAUGGGAGAUGUGGGCAACAUGGGAAGCUUAUCUAGAUAAUUUGGACAAAACAUAUCGACAAAGAUAACGUAUAUAAUAUAUAUAAAUUGCAUAUUAGUAUUUUACAACCGACUGUUAUAAAUAUAUUAAAUGGAUGCAUUGGCUUUAACAUAAUUUUGGUAGUUUAAAAUAUUGAGCCA